AUGUCAAUGGUUGAUGCGAGCUCGUGGGGCGCGGCGUUGGUAAGGAUCUCGCCGUACACUUUCUCCGCUAUUGGAAUCGCCAUCUCGAUCGGCGUCUCUGUCCUCGGAGCCGCCUGGGGAAUUUACAUAACGGGAAGUAGUUUGAUCGGUGCGGCCAUUGAAGCUCCUCGUAUUACUUCCAAGAAUCUCAUCAGUGUAAUCUUUUGCGAAGCUGUAGCUAUAUAUGGCGUUAUUGUUGCCAUCAUUCUGCAAACGAAAUUGGAGAGUGUCCCCACUUCAAAGAUGUAUGACGCUGAAUCUCUCAGAGCUGGAUAUGCAAUCUUCGCAUCUGGAAUCAUUGUUGGAUUCGCCAACCUUGUAUGCGGGUUAUGUGUAGGAAUCAUUGGAAGCAGUUGCGCACUAUCUGAUGCUCAAAACUCGACACUCUUUGUGAAGAUUCUUGUGAUUGAGAUCUUCGGAAGCGCUCUCGGGUUGUUUGGAGUUAUUGUGGGGAUCAUUAUGUCCGCACAAGCAACAUGGCCGACUAAAUAG